UCGGAGUGUGCCGGAGGUGUGCCCCCAUUUGCCGCCAAAACAUGGGGGUUACAACGCGCAAUGUUGCCCGUGGUUGACAGUGAGGGUCGCAAGGUGCGUCGCCAGCACGGCUUUCAGCUGCCCUUGCAUCCACUUCAGGUGUCCGGUUGGUUAGCUUUAUCGGGGUUAUCCGCUGGAGCUUUCCUUGUUUUAGUACCAGCGUUGCCGUUAAAUCUACAGCCUGUAGCACUUAUUUCAUUGACAUCUAUUCUUCUUGCUCACAUAGUUACCCAUUUGGCAACUGCACUCCUAGAUCCUGCUGAACCCGCUCUUAGACUAUUGGUUCCAAAACCAUUGCCAUCAUUCGAUAGAACAAAACACUCUCAUGUGAUUGAACACGGGUUUUGCAAUUUGUGUGGGCUUGAAACUACAAAUUCUCGAACUAAGCAUUGUUCGGUUUGCAAUAAGUGUGUGGCUGGUUUCGAUCAUCAUUGUAAGUGGUUGAACCACUGCGUGGGUAGCAGGAAUUACAUUCCUUUCCUUAUGUGUGUAUCCACAGCUAUAGCAGCAGCUACAUUCGUAGCCAUUCUUGCCUUCGCAGAACUGGCUAUACACAAAUUUGAUUCAUCACCUUCAACUGAUUUAUUAACUAAUUUCACGUAUACAAGAACAUCAUCCCUACCAACGAGUGAUGCAACUUUCAUUGCCAUUGUAGGAAUUUUGGGAAUUCUUGCCACCGUAACAGCUGGUUUACUUCUUCAUCUCUGUUUCUUUCACAUAUAUAUUUCUUUUCUGGGAUUAACAACUUAUGAAUAUAUUCGUCAACAACGACAACAAGCUGCACCUCAGCCUGUCACUGUUACUCAAGAAACUAGAUUUCAUUGUCCCCCUAAUUUAAGACAUAGACCAGCUGAUCUGCAAUGCGAAAACCGUUCCACAAGAACGACAUUCUUCACGUGUACAGUUCUCGAGAAUACAUUUUCCUCUUGUGCUGAACCGACACCGACCCCACCGAGUACACCUCAGGAAUGUCAGAUAUGUGUGAUUUCUAACAAUUCAGUGUCUCCAAAAGAUGUGAAACCUUCACCUAAGAAAUAUAAGAAUAAAUGGAAUUGUUGUGUUGGUGUUCCCGAUAGUCCAGAUGAUUCUAUGAGUCCCACAGAACCGCGAUGCCUCAUUUCUUUGUGUAAACACAAGGUUAAAAAUAAGCUUCCGCCAAUCGACGGCCGUCCUCACAGAACCCAUGGCCAUUGGUCAAGUGCCAAGCUCAGAAUGUUAUUUAGGAUAAUAGGUAACCUAGGUAGUAAUCGCAGAAGAAGUCAGGUCCAAUCCAAAUUGAAUCAAGUAAUCCCAACACCGGCAAACGAUGAAAUGUCCGAGGUACAAACAAUCAGCAACUUAGUUCCAGUUCCAAUUUACCCAGAUAUAUCUCGGGGUGCGCACACAUUACCGCCACUUCCACGGCGUCGAAUAAUUAGCGAGUCAGAACUUGCUAAUGCCCUGAAUCUGUUACAACAGCAGCAACUGCGCACCCCGCAACGUCGUCCAGGAAAUCAGUAUAGAAGACGCAGACGCAGUGUUGUUCACAGGACUAAAACUCCUACAUUGUCACCGAUUCAUGAAAGUGGUCUAUCCAAUCCAGCAUCUCCGUCCCGACAGAAUUGCGCUGUUAAUUCGAUAAUUGGUGCUUGAACUCGUCCAUUCUAAACUUUGCUAUGUUUUAAUUUUAAGAGAUAUAUAAUACAAUCGAUAUAUAUGUUAUUGCCUAAAAUUCAUUCCAUUGAUCAGGAAUUGCUGUUUCGGGGUGAUCUUCUAAUUAUAGAGAUAUUUUUAUUGUAACUGACAUCUAAAAUACGAGCAUUUACCUAUA